AAGUGAUAAUUUUAAUACUGUGCAUCAGUUUAUGCGAAUCAUCACAAAAGACCGGUCUACGAUCUACGAUCUACCUGUCUGCGAAACAUGUUUCAUUAUCAAAAGGCUUAAUAAUUAAUGCUACCGACUACAGUAUGAUGAAAUUUAGAGUAUUGCUUGCCGUUGCUGGCAUCCUGGGACUUCUUGUUUUAUACUGGGUGCCUUACUUAUCUCUCGUCAUCGUCGGCAUCAUGGGAUUCAUCCUUGUGGAUAUUCAGCGGAGACGCGUUCUGAAGGACCAGUCAUUUGUCGCAGCAUCUAGGCAUUAUGUGGCGCAGAACAUACCGAUAUGGCUGAGCUACUUCAUGGUGGGACGGUUGGAGAGGAAGACCAAAAAUAUCGCUCAGGUUCAGAAAGACGUCUUGCUCAAUCAGAUUCGAUUUAACGAAAACACGGAGUACGGAAAACAGUACAAGUUCUGUGACAUCAAGUCGGUGGAAGAUUUCAUAAAGGCGCACCCUCUGACCCGAUACAGCCAUUACGAGACAUACAUUGAGCGCAUGAUGAAGGGGGAGGUGAACAUUCUCACUGCUGAACAGCCCGUAGUGUUCUCCGUCACGUCGGGCACCUCAGGGAAAAGUAACAUAUUACCAAUGCUUAAGAGACAAAGUUUUUUGUUCUUGACUGACGGUAUAGCCAUUGUCAGUCAGAAGAUGGCCAAAGAAUUUGGAUUCGCUAAACAGCUUCUUAAGAGCUUUAAAAUAUUUUACAAUCCGAAAUGGAGAGAAUGUGAAGCUGGCAUUCCAAUUGGUCCGAAUUCAUCAUCCCCUUCUAACUCGAAGGCCAUUCUGCACCUGUAUUCAUCGCCGAAAGUAGCCUAUGAGAUUAUGAGUGAACCCGAUGCUUUGUACAUUCAUCUACUGUUCAGUCUCAAAAACAGACAUCUUGGUAUGAUGGAAGCCAAUUUCUCGUCCUUGGUCUUCAAUGCAUUUCGAACAAUGGAGCACAACUGGACAGACCUCUUGCAUGACAUUGAAACUGGAACACUGAGUUUGUCUCUGAAUAUUGAUGAUAACAUAAGACAGGGGCUGCAGAAAGUUUUAACACCUGAUCCAGCAAGAGCUGAAGAACUAAAGUCAGCAAUGCUGGGAGGGAUUGUGGGAUUGGGAUCAAGAAUUUGGCCAUGUUGUGUUUGUGCUAUUGGGGCUGACACAGGCACAUUCCAGUUGUAUGGAGAAAAGCUGAGGGAAACAUACUUGCAUGGCAUUCCUUUGUAUUCCCCACUGUAUGCAGCUACAGAAGGUUUGCUGGGCGUCAACAUCUGGCCUCGACUACCGAGUCAGUACCUGCUAGUACCAUCUGCCCAGUUCUUUGAGUUCAUUCCGAUAGAGAUUACAGACCAGCCACAGCCAGACACACUGCUCAUGCAUCAGUUGAAAGAAGGGGAAGUGUAUGAGAUGGUUCUGACCAAUUUGUCUUGUUUGUAUCGAUACCGUUUUGGAGAUGUCAUCAAAGUUGCCGGGUUUCACAACCAGUGUCCCAUUAUCAAGUUCAUGUACAGACAGGGUCAGUUUCUAAGUGUUCGGGGUGAGAAGACAUCUGAAGCUACUUUCUACACCGCUCUUACAAGCACAGUCCCCAAGUGGCCAGGGAGAAAGCUUAUUGACUACAGCUGCACAGAAUGCAUAUAUGCCGAGGAUGCUGGGAUGAAAUCAGGUUGUGGUAGUCCGGCUCCCUGUUACUAUGUAUUCCUAGAAUUAGAGUUAGAUAAUGAAAGUGGUGACACCAGUUUGUCUCUUUCAGAUAAAGAAAAAGAUAUGCUUGAUGACACGCUGUGUUCACAGUCGUAUGUGUACUCAUCGUUCAGAAAGAAAGGCAGCAUUAGUGGCAUGAAGGUGUACAUCCUGAAACCCGGCUCAUUCCAGGCCCUGAGACGGCACAUGAUCGAGAGCACCUCGGCGUCGCCCAACCAGUACAAGGUGCCGAGAGUCCUCAAGAAAAAAGAACACAUCAAAUUCCUCAUGGAUCUGAUCACCUAACUCAUCUCUUCGAAGUGCAGUUGCUAGAUCUAUACAAGACAUUUUGUUGUAUUGAGAAGAAGAAAAAAAGUGUCUUAAUAUCCAAACUAUUGUUUGGUGCAUCAAAAAUGUGUGGUUUCUCUUUUGUUCCAAUAUCUCUUGAACAAGUUAAGAUUAUACUAAUGGGCCUGCGCUUAUAAAACUUGGCAGUCCGGACACAAGACUUAGUGCAGUCUACAGAUUUUAAGUACAUGCUGUUUGUAUAGGCAAGACUGUUUUCAGUCUCGAGUCUAGACUUUAAGGUUUAAUAUUAAGUACAUGGCCUGGUCAACUUAAUCACCUAUUUUCACUAAAAUUGCUUGUAUGCUAAUAUAAAAUAUUAGUGUGUAUUGUAUUUUUUUGUGGUUUAAUAUUAUUGACUUGAAGGUUUGCCUCCUAUUUAAGGUAUUUUCUUUUAUACAGAGAGUUUAUAGGGUAAACUGAUCACGAGUCGGACAACCUUGGUGUUUUACAUCACAGUUAGUUUAUUGUGUUUGGUGCAUUAAAUGAUCACUAUGUACCAUAGCUGGUAUUCCAUAGAUCUAUUUUUGUUUUGAGUUGGGACGUAGCCCAGUGGUAAAGCGAUCGCUUGAUACAUGGUAGGUUUGGGAUCAAUCCCUGCUAUUUUUCAUACCAGCCAGUGCACCAUGACUGGUAUAUCAA